UUGAUCUUGAGAGAAUAUUGAUUCAAAUCAAAUCACUAAAAUUUCCCGACGAUCUCGCAAACCAACUUCCCAUUAUCAAAACCUUGGAUCGAUUUACUUAUAGCUGCUCUAAACCCCCAAUUUACAAACUGGAAUCCCUAAAUAAGAAAAACGUGGCCUCCAAAUCGCGAUCGCCGUCUCCUUCAACUGAAUCAUCGAGAAACUUGUCUGAGAUGGCAUCUUCUGAAAACCCACCAAGCAAUGAUGUUCCAAUGAAUGAACGUGGAGAUGAUUUCGAAGACACAGAUGAUGCUGUUGAAACACCUUGUACUCGGAAGAGGAAAGAGUCUCGAGAUUCUGGUUCUAUCUCAACAAAGAAGACAAGGUCGAAGAUGUGGGAACACUACACAAGACAGAAGAACAAUUACGACAAGUGUAAUUGUAAUUAUUGUGGCCGUGAGAUGUCUUGUCCAACCAAGUCAGGGACCUCUAGUCUAAAGAAGCAUAUAGACUUCUGUUGCAAGGCAUACCGAGCAUGGAAGGCUGCGAACAGGGAUAAUAACCAGACUGUGUUAUCUCCUACUGGUGAAGAUGAGAAGCUGGGUUUAGGUAAGGUUUCUGAGCUUGUGUUUAGGGAAGCUUCACAUGAGAUGCUGGUUUUAGGGGAGUUGCCGUUAGCUUUCAUAGAGAGUGUAGCUUGGAAGCAUUUCACAUCAAAAUGCAAACUACACACUCCUCAUUCUCGGAGAACAGCAACAACGGAUAUUGUUGACAUGUAUGUAUCUCGGAAGGCAAAGAUGAUGGAGAUUCUUGCAACAAGCAGCGACUGUCUCUAACAACUGAUAUAUGGACUGCUCCAUAUACUAGUGCAAGUUACAUGGUCAUCACAGCUCAUUUUGUUGAUGCUUUUUGGAGAUUACGAAAGAUGAUCAUAGGGUUUAAGAAUGUUUCCGACCAUAAGGGAUCAACUAUUUGUAAGGUUCUGCUGGAGGUUUUGGCUGAAUGGGAUAUCAAGAGAGUGUUUACCAUAACCGUGGACAAUGCCACAUCUAACAGCUCGGCUAUGAAGAAAUUCAAAGAAGCAUUUAUGCAACAGGGAGAUGAUGCAUUGGUUCUUAAAGGUCAGUACCUACAUCUAAGGUGUGCAACACACAUUUUGAACCUCAUUGUGAAGGAUGGUUUGGCGGAAGAAGACAACAGUAUUGUUGCUAUUAGGACUGCCGUUCACUACGUACAGUCUUCUACAAACAGAGUGAAAUCUUUUGAGUUUCGAGUAGAGACAGGAAAGAUGACUAGAGGAAGCUUACCUCUAGACGUGAAGACCAGGUGGAAUUCCACAUGUCUCAUGCUGGAACAAGCUUUGAAGUUUUGGUUGGCUUUUGAGAGGAUGCAGGCUGAAGAUAAACCUUAUGGUGACCAUUUUCUUGAACAAGUAGAAGGGAAAAAGAGGAUUGGACCACCAACUACAAGCUAUUGGGAUGCAGUUGACAUGUUGGUUCAGUUUCUUGUAAUUUUUUACAAAUCUACAUUGAUGCUUUCUGCUUCUACAUCUGUGGCUGCUCACAAAGUCUAUAAUGAGAUUGUCACUAUUACUUCAAACAUUAGUGACAUUAGUACUAGCCCAGUAGCUGAUGAUACCCUUGAAGAGUAGAGCCUUAGCAAUGAUUGGUAAAUUGGAGAAGUAUUGGGAUCCGUUUAGGGAGAAGAAUGAGAUGAAUAGGCUUGUGAUAGUGGCUAGUGUUUUUGAUCCACGAAAAAAGAUGAAGUUUGCUCAGUUCUGUUUUGAUUCUCUUUAUGAGAAGGAUAGUGCCGCUGGUAAAAGUCUAUGAUUCCAUUGAGCAAAUUUUAAAGGAUUUGUUUGCUGAGUACAACAGCUUAGUAGAUCGAAGUAGUUCUACAGGGUCGCAGGGACAAUCUUCUUCUCAGUCCCAAGGAACGUUUUCUCAGUCUCAAGAGCAAAUCGGUACUGAUGUUUUUGAAAGAAGUGUUCUGAGUCAUGGGGUUGGGUAUAAACGAAUGGACAGCAUAUAUGAUGAGCUUGUAGAAGAAGCAGGAGUUGAUGACUCAACAAAUGAGUUAGAGAUAUAUUUGAAAGAGGCUGUUGAUAAACCAAAACUGAUGAAAGGUACAGAGUAUGAUAUCUUGGGAUGGUGGAUGAGAAAUAGUGGCAAGUUCCCAGUCCUUUCACUGAUUGCAAAAGAUAUACUUGCAAUGCAAGUGUCAUCUGUUGCAUCCGAAUCCGCAUUUAGCACAAGUGGGAGAGUGUUAAGCCCAUACAGAAGCUGUUUGACACAUUACAUGGUUGAAGCGUUGAUGUGUACUGAACAAUGGUUAAAAUGUGAGAUUCAUAUCAAUGAAAGAGGAGUGUCAACUUGUGAACAAAUGCUUGCGGAGGUGGAGCUUGAAGAUGAACUCAUGAGAA